UGUUCCACGCAUGCAUGCGAGGCCCAUGCCAUGUGUGCGUUCAUGCACUGGUUGAGUGCACGACAUUGUGUAAUGACUAUGUAUGAUGUACACGCUGCUAGUACACACGAUUGAAUACUUGCAGAUGCAUUGUUACAUCUUUGGGUCGCCUAGACCUGUCAACCGUGCUGGCGCUUAGUUUUGUGGUGUGGCAAGUCUAGAUGGAGUUGUAGAGUAUCUCAGGGACGGAACAAUUAGCAUCUCGGUGCUCUGUUGUAUGUGUGUGUGCCACUGUGUGUGCACCAAGUGAUAGUCACAUCAUUGUUUUUGCUUGUUCCUUGUACACCGCGACAUAGAACUUGUAAAGGAAACGCGUUGAUAGGAAAUCGUCGAUUCACAACCAGCAGCACGCAGUAUGCCCCGCAUUCCCUGCUUUUAACCAUACAGAACAGGAGUACCACUUCCGUUCUAGAGUAUUGUCCACAGUAGAUCAGCUAGCUGGUGCCAGCUCUCUGCCAGAAACCAACUUCAGUCGGCAGUGCUGCUGACUUGCACGACCUUGCAAUCUGCUCGCUGCUCCGACCUUGUCGAGGUGCUGUUGCUAGGUGCUCGAGCGAAGCUGUUGGCGUCGUUCUCUCCUUUCUUCUCCUCUUGCUGGCGUGGAAAACGUUGCUCCUUGGGCCGAGAACUCACCAAGGACCUGCAGUCUUGAAGCUCAGUCGCAGCAGCCAGCACCGCAGUGCACCACCGUCAACCAACCAGUCUCAUUAGCGGUCAGCAACACGCACGCCGCCGGGCAUAUAAGUUUGCUGCGACCUCCGACAUCAACCAUCAUGUUGGCAGUUCUUCCUCCUCCCUACACCGCCACGGGUCCAGCCCUGGCUUUAACCACGGAUCAGGCAGUCCACAAUACCGUACUGUACGCGCCUACACCGCCUCAACCGGCAACGCUAGCAACGCAGCACCAGCAAGUGCAAAGCGCAGCGCUGGAGCCCAGUCGGCUGGCAUUCCACAGUCCUGGAGUCGCGUCUGGUCUGGCCGCGACGCAGGCUCAACGACGAGAACUCGUCACAUCGCAGCCCAUCUUUCUGCAGCAUUCACACCCAUCACAUCUUUUCCUCAGUCAACCACCACCACCUGCAGCAGCAGCGGUCGCAUCUGCAGCGGCAGUGUCACAGACUGGCUCGCCAGCAGCAGCAGCAGCAGCAGCAGCGGCAGCCACAGGGAGGGCAUCAACUCCGGUCGCCGCGUCCGUACGGGUACUGACGCCUACACAACCUCCUGGUGGGCCGAGUGGCAGCGAGCUUACAACAAUGCUGCAGGCACGGGUCAGCUCUCCUUCAAUUGCGCCCUCCUCAACGCUAACUCGCGGAACUCAGGCCAGCUUCCCUCUAUCACCGCAUGGCGCGGCUACACGCAUCUCCCCAAUCGCCACUGCAACUCCAGCGGCGGCGGCGGCGGGUUGGGUGCACGCAGGUCAGUUGGCCUUCGUCCGUCCGGAGUACACGGCCAUGCCCGGAACGGCUGGCACUGGCGGAGUGCCUCAGCGAGCGCCGAUGGACGUCCUCUCGCCCGCCACGCUACCGCACUGCGCAAGCUACGCGCACCACGCUCAAACCAUGCAAACUCGCAUGGCACCGACGACGCUGCAUCAGCCUGGCCGUCCCCACGGAAACGCAGUGGCCGUGUUCCAAGCCGGUCAGCUUGGCCAGCCGAGGCUUCCACCUGGCUAUAUGAUGACAAUGCCUGGACACCCUGGACUGCCGGCGCUGGUCCAGCGCAUGCACAACACGAAGCGUGCUCGCGAGUGCACCAAGCCGCUGAAGGAGUGGCUGCUGAAGAACCGCCGCAAGCCGUACCCGACGCGCAUGGAGAAGGCACAGCUGCGGGACAUGACUGGGCUGACCUUCAAUCAGGUGUCCAUGUGGUUUGCAAACGCCCGCCGUCGCAUCAAGAAGGUGGGCAUCGAGUCGUGGGCACGGGCAGCCCUGUCCGGCGAGGACUCGUACAUGGCCGAGGAAGACUGGCUGGAUCAGGACGACACCAAGGUCGACUCGGAGGAGAAAGAAGAUGACUCACGUGUGUGCACUGACCAGUUUGCAUCGCCCGCGUCGCCACAGACAUCGUUCAGUGACAUCACGCACCAUGUCGACGCUGCUAAAGUGCGCGAUCACCAGCAACAGCAAGAUGAGGAGGCAUUGGCACGAGGUGCCAUCUCGUUCUCACCACUGCCCCAUGAACGUGGUGCGGUGGCAAGCGGAAACGAAUACGCCACCGGCGGCGGAUCAUCAGCACUGGAGUACCACUUGACGCCGCGGCCAACGCUCCUGAGGGGAGGUGCGGAUGAAGGCUCGUCCUCCACCUGCUUUCAGCUUCCGGGCGCAUCCGGCGGUGCUUACAUUCCCGACGUGCAGCAGCACUCCGGCAUGGCGAACCUGGACACUCCGCGGUCGCCGCACAACAUCACGUUCGUCUCCCAGCAUGCACAGGACGCCGAUCUGGACGACAUGCGCGACGUGGAUCGGAGAGAGCCGCAACAACAACAGCAGCAGCAGCAGCUCGGCGACGCUCGCCACGCGUACAGCUCUAUUGCCGGCGGCAACGACGCAUCCGAUCAGUUCCUUCCCCGACUAACGUCAAACCCGGUAGCCGACAAGCCGAAGAACAUGUACUUUUACUCGCAAAGUCAAGAGACGAACACCAUGACCAGCAUGCCAAUGAGCGCGCAGGCACCAAUCCCGGCCACCGCGGGCGGAGGCCAGCCGCUGCCGCCGGUACCUUCCCUAUCCAGUCCCCCGCCGGCGCUGUUCCCGACGGCCACCUACUACGGCCUGCCACCCGUGUCCGUUAUGCCGUCCUCCUACGUCGUGCCGCAGCAGCCAUGCACGCUGACCGGAACGACCGCCUCGGCCUCCUCCACCUACCUCACCGACUCCAGUCACCGGUCCUGAAGGGCAGGGCACGUUCGCAAAGCAAACCCAGAGCAUGCUGCUCCCGAAACCAAUAAUUGUAACGCUUCCCAUUGUCUGCAUUGUUUCACUACUGUUUGGAAAUUUGGAAUAGGUAGCCAGAUGGUUAUCUCUUGAUUUAGCAUUGUCAGUAAUAGUCUCAGCAGAACCCAGCAACAUGCCUUUUAAAAGUGCAUGUGUAGACCAUAGUGCUGCUGGCUAGCAUGUAGGCGCACCAAGCCGAGAGCAACAACACUGUGCGUAGCUGGCUCGCUAUAGGAACUAAACAGGCGAACACACAUGUAGGUCUUCACCGAGAGUGUCUACUUCUAGGAGAGCAAUGUCAGCAAUUCUGACAAUACAUAGCUGUCCUGUAUUUAUAGGCAACGAGAGAGAUUCCUAGAUUGAACCAAGCGGCGUAAGGACCCGAUUCCAGACUCUAUCCCCCAACAAGCAUUCAUUUCGCAUUGAUGAUGGACAUAAUCACCAUUGCGGAGAGCUUCUCCUCCGCAAUGGGUGUCAAAUCUGCAACAUGUUUGUUGCCCGGCCUAUUUUACCUAUUCAGUUCUAUCAUUUCAUAUUGAAAUCAUCCCGAUUGCCCGAGUUUGAGGGUGUUUAUGCUGGAAAUCACAGCUCCUCGACAUUCUAACAUAUUGACUUCCAGUAUGACAUUGUUUACUUAUGGCGUGCUAGCUCACAACGAACAAAUCUUGAUGACAACCUAGCGUAGAAACUAGCCAGAUUCCUAGACCAAUAAUAUUUUUUGAGUGGCAUAUUGUUCAACACAUCUGUCAUUAUCGCUCAAGUUUUGAUGUUAGGGCAAAUUUUAAUCCAUCGAAAUACAGUCAUGAUACCAAUAAUACUACUGGUGAACUAGA